CCAGACUUGCCUACACUUCCCCAAGAACCACUACUUCUCCUACCUAUUUCUGUCUGAAACCAUGAUCACAGUUAUCCUCCUUGCAUCUUUGGCUGCGGUGGCCAUUGGCCAGCCCCAGUCGGGACUGGCCAACGGCUACGGCGCUCCAGCAAACGGUGGACGAAAUGGCCAAGCUCCCGGAAAUGGACUGAACAACGGCUACAGCGCCCCCGCCAACGGAGGCUCGAACGGUCUGUCAUCAGCGUACGGAGCUCCCAGUGCUGAAGAGGAGCUCGCCGAACUGGCCGCCAGUCUUCCCGGUGGAGGAGUUCCUGGAGAAGAUUUCCCAGUGCUCUCCGAGGUGCCCGACACCGGCUUCCAGUGUGGAGACCAGGCAUUCUCAGGAUACUACGCUGACGAUGCCGAGGAAGCCAGAUGCCAGGUCUUCCACAUCUGUCAGCUGCGAGAAAGUGGUAAGGUACAGCAAGACUCGUUCCUGUGCCCCAACGGAACCAUCUUCAACCAGCAAUAUUUGGUGUGCGACUGGUGGUUCAACUUUGACUGCAGUCAAGCCCAAGGAUUUUAUUCAGUCAACGAACAAAUUGGCAAAGUGGAGAGCAACGGAGCCCAAUCCCUCAACAACGGCUAUGCAGCUCCCACUAACGGGCAGAACGGAAACGGACUUGCUAAUGGCAACGGCCAGAAUGGAGGCUACGGAGCGUUGUAAUACACACUGGACGAAAAAUUGUAACAUUCGGAUACUCUCAUGUAUUUAUAUGAUUAAUAAAUUAACCUGAUGAAUUAAAA